CUGAUCAGACCGAAGUUUGUUCAAAUGAUAGCAAUAAUAAGAUGCUUGGUGUGAUGAAUUUAUUUGGAGCUCCCUAAAUUACUUGUGUGCGUUCAUUUCACUGAUAUUCAAGGAAAACUUCCGGUUACUCGUACCCUAUUCCCAUGGCACACUACUUUACAAUUCAGUCUGACAAGAGAUAUCCAAAAGGAACUUGGAAUUGGCAAGUAAAUAGAGAAUGACGAAUGAUCGAGCUGUUAUUUCUUGAAACACAAAAUUGGACUAGCGAGAUUCCACCUGUUGUUUCUUUUCCAUCUGUUUGUUGAGUGUAUAAGUUCUCCCGUUUUUGUUCCGUUCUUGUAGAUUCCAACAAUGUAUUCUCAAAAUAUUUAAUUUUAAUUAUGAGAGUUGAAUAUGUUUUUGGUAGUUCUUAACUUCUUAUUUCUUAACAAUAUAUUGUUGUAAUGUUUAAUUUCAAUAUAUAGUUUGUUUGGUAUUGAUUAAUUUUUUUAGAUAAUCAUAUCUAUAAAAAUAAUAAUUGGAUAAAUAUAGAAAAAGAAUAAAUAAAAAUAAAAAAUCCAAUAAUGUGGCUAGUAAUGUCUAUUUUACGGUUCAGGGUAACUUUUAACUGUGUUUUCAAAAUAUUUUUACUAGCGGUUAUAUAAACCACGGGUGAACUUUUAGCCGCUGUUUUGAAACUGCGGGUAAAGGUUUCAUUGCAACCGUGGUCAAAAUAUUUUUACCAGCGGUCACAUAAAUCGCGGGUAAAAACUUUCCGACGCUUUCAUAACCAGCGGAUAUCCAACCACGGCACUUGUAUGCUGAUAUACAUAGCUCUCUCUAUUUAACUUAAGUCCCACCUAUGGAAUUUUGGACAAACUAGCCAAUCAAGUUCAAAGCAUUAAUCAAGAACAAAAUACAAAGAUAUGGAGACGACAGGGAAGGUCAUCACCUGCAAAGCUGCUGUUGUCUGGGGUCCUGGAGAGCCUUUUGUCAUUGAACAAAUUCUGGUUGAUCCUCCUCAAAAGAUGGAGGUUCGUAUCAAGAUUCUCUUCACUUCAAUUUGUCACACUGAUCUUGGUUUUUGGAAAGGCGAGAAUGAAGCUCACCGUGCAUUUCCACGGAUUCUAGGCCAUGAAGCUGCAGGAAUUGUUGAGAGUGUUGGAGAAGGAGUGAAGGACAUGAAGGAAGGGGACAAUGUUGUACCAAUCUUCAAUGGAGAGUGUGGGGAAUGCAAGUUUUGCAAGAAUGACAAAACUAAUAUGUGCAAGAGUUUUGGUGUAAACCCAAUGAAGUCGACUAUGUUUAAUGAUGGAAAAUGUAGGUUCUCUACAAAAGAAGGGAAACCCAUCUUCCAUUUCCUCAACACAUCCACUUUUAGCGAGUAUACGGUGCUCGAUUCUGCUUGUGUCGUUAAGAUUGAUCCUCAAGCUCCCCUGCACAAGAUGAGCUUGUUAAGUUGUUGCCUUACAUCUGGUGUUGGAGCUGCCUGGAAUACUGCUGAUGUACAAGCCGGAUCGAGCGUGGCAAUCUUUGGCUUGGGAUCUGUGGGGCUUGCGGUUGCGCAAGGAGCACGAGCAAGAGGAGCAUCAAAGAUUAUAGGGGUUGAUCCCAACCCUGAGAAGUUCAUCAAAGCUCAAAUGCUUGGAGUAACGGAUUAUCUGAACCCAAAGAAUCUCUCAAAGCCAGAACAUGAGGUAAUCAGGGAAAUGACAGGAGGUGGAGUAGACUACAGCUUUGAGUGUGUGGGGAACUUGGAUGUUCUCAGGGAGGCUUUCUUGUCUACUCAUGAAGGCUGCGGAUACACAGUCAUAUUAGGAAUCUAUCAUUCUCCAAGAACGCUGCCUCUACACCCAAUGGAGUUAUUGCACGGCCGGUCAAUCGUAGGUUCAAUCUUUGGAGGCUUCAAAGGGAAGACACAACUGCCUUGUCUUGCCAAGAAAUGCAUGGCUGGGGUGCUGAAUCUUGAUGAGUUCAUUACACACGACCUCCCAUUUGAGAAGAUAAAUGAAGCAGUGCAGCUGCUCAUUGAUGGGAAAUCCUUAAGAUGCCUUCUCCACCUUUAAGCACUCUGGCAUGCAGGCAGGAACACUUCUAGAAGUGUAUUGAGGAUUAUGAUGGAUUGGCAUAUGAUUUGAUAUUCUUACUCAUAUUUGUCACACUUUUGGUGUAUUUUAGCUUGAUUCCUUAACUAGGUUGAAUGUUAGUUGACAAUGAGACAUGCAUGAAAUAUUAUUUUUUGAGAAGACUAAUUACAUGAAUAAUUGACUGA